CGAUAUACAAGUUUACACCAGUCUUCCAGUAACUCCUCCAGAGCUAUCAGAGGAGUCUGAUUUUUAAUUUGCAGUUAAAUGGCUCCCGACACAUGGAGCUUGCUUGAUAAUUGACUUCACUCCGCUGAAGGGAGGAAUGAUUAGAUCUGAAUAUCUAAGCGAUCUUUUUAACUCUGAAUUAGGAGGGAGGGAGUAAAAGUAGUAACUCUGAUCAGGCAUGAAGUGUUGAGAAUAACUAUUUAUGUCAUGCAGGGCAAACACGUGUGCCGGCUACAUUAAGAAUCUCAACCCUGAAGGAGGAAGUGGACAGGACAACAAAUGACCACUGAGUAUAAAUAAAUGAGCCAAAGCUUAAUGAGACAGUGCUGACAUUUUUCACAUACAUCUCACUAUCUUUGUGGUCAUCGUUGUUCUAUUUCAUGUGGAAAGUCCAUGAUAAUGGGGUGAGAGGCUACAACUCUCAUACAUUAUUGAUUGGGGGAAACCGAAUAGGCGAUUGCGCUAACUUCACAUCUUGCGCUCCUCUUUGGUGUUGUGUUAAUCGCUAAAGAUGUGCAGAGUUGAAAAGGUGGCGAUCAAAACCCCUUCUGUGUCACCUAAGACCUAAUUUAUAUCUUGGCCAUAGCUUUGUAGAUGUGCCGACCUUCUUUAGUCUGGUCAUAGUAAGAGAAUGGGAUUUAAAUUAGGGAUAAAUUCAAAAUGAAGCAGUAUUCUGUCUCUUCUCUUUUAGAGAGAGAUGAUGUAUUGUUUGGUGUGAGAUAAUAUGCAGCUGUUAGUUUCAUACAAAUGAAUUGUUAUUGUCGGAUGUUGCCCGUGCUUUCCUGAAAAACAGUCUUUCAUCAGCAUGCACAUCCACUGUCUACUUUUAUUCUCUUCAUUAGCAAGACGCCACUGCCAAGUGCCUGGGCGCUUUAUUUCAAGAAUUGAUCAUGACAAGUUAAAUUUAUAUGUGCUUGUGUGGUUUUGGUAAUCUGUCUGUGUGUGGAUGCCUGUGCAUGUGAUCUGUUACGUGAUAUGCAAUCCGCUGUCAUGUCUCAGUAGAGCUUGCACCCCAUUAGUCCUCCCCGGCCAUGUUUAGUAUUCAGUGAGCAGGCGCUGUCGUAAUCUGGAUUCGGAGGCAGGUUGCUUGGGUUUUUGUUUGCACUUAUGGCCCUGAUAAUCUUGUUACACUGCUGUCAAGUGGAGCUGGCUUUCCCCUGCAGCCCCUCAGCCACCAUGCUUGCCACCUUCAGUCGCAGAUAUCCAACCGCUUCUCCCCCCCCUCCGCUACCCCCACCAGCCUACCGCCAUUUUAAGACAACCAAUGAUGGACGAGCCUUGGCUAUAUCCUUGAAGAAUCACCUCCUGAGCAUCUUUAUUCAGCCUCCCACCCCCGUCCCUGUCUCCCACCCCCCACCUCAGGCAGGGAACGACAGUGAUAAAUAUUCAUCAGGGGAUGCAGUGGGUGGAUGCUGUAGCCUCAGUUCCCCCUCAACAAAGGGUCCCCUAGCUAAUGGUGUCCAUCCUUGGCAGCCUCCUGGAGAGAUUCUGUAGGGGGGGAUGAGAUCAUUAAAACAUGCCAUGGACUCGAGGUUGGACCUAUCAUGUCACAUCAGCAUUUGUCCCACCGGAGGUUUGGGGUUUUUUUUUUGCCCCCCCCCCCGAGUCUCAACCUAAGCCUACCCUACCUUCGUGAGUUGCCCUCCACAGAUUUGGAUGAAAACAGACUGCUUUUUGAAGGUUGGCUGGGUUGCUCUCAUUGUACCAACCAGCAAUACAGGUGGACACGGCUUUCGUGGCAUGACUACCACAAACAAGGGAAACAAGGCCUUGAAGGUGAAGCGGGAGCCGGGGGAAAAUGGCACCAGCCUUACUGACGACGAGCUGGUCACCAUGUCGGUGCGGGAGCUGAACCAGCAUCUACGAGGGCUAACCAAGGAGGAAAUCCUGCAGCUGAAGCAGCGGCGACGUACCCUGAAAAACCGGGGCUAUGCCGCCAGCUGUCGGGUAAAGCGCGUCACCCAGAAAGAGGAGCUGGAGAAGCAGAAGGCUCUGCUGCAGCAGGAAGUGGACAAGCUGGCCACAGAGAACGCUAGCAUGAAGGUGGAGCUGGACGCUCUGCGGUCAAAGUACGAGGCCCUCCAGAGCUUUGCCAGAACUGUGGCCCGCAACCCCGUCACCUCAGCCAGGGGACCAAUGGCCUCUGUCAUAGGACCGCUCAUCCCUGGUAAAGUAGCUGCAACCAGUGUCAUCACCAUCGUCAAAUCUAAAACGGAGGCUAGGUCGUAGUAGCAGAGGGGGGUCGGCAGAAAGAAGAUUGUCAAGAUUAAAUGGGUCAGUGCAUUCUAACGUGGCCCAGGAUUAACCUGUGUACGUUCUCCGUUUUAUCGAUUGGCACCAACACUUUUUUACGCAUCCGCUUUUUUAAGUACCACUCAGCAAUCUACGCCUCGUUUUUUUGCUGAUGGAUGAAACCAUCAAAUCAGACUAUCACUGUUGGUUAUUUAUUGGCAAUGCUAAAUUUAAAAAUGUGUCUAGAAAUGUUCAAGAAGGCAAUAUCAAAGUCCGAAUUGUAUUCGCUUGUUGAUUUUAAAUGAUGACUGGUAUGUGACGUGCUGGUUCCCGUUUUAAGAAUUGUAAUCUGAAUGCAGUAGAAACAAUAGAAAGAGCCAGCACAUGUCUGAUUCAAAUCCUCUUGGCUUGUUAUUAUGCACUGACUCAAAUUAGGAUGAACACAACAAGUGGCCACAGACACACGUGUCUGUGUGUGUGUGGACGCUACAGUUGUCUUCAAAAACAGCGUGACUAACCCAGUAGUCGUAAAAAUUAAUCAUUAUGUGUGGUUUUGUUGUCGUCUGUCAAGAAUAUAAGCGUGAAAUAAUGCUCCCAGAUUUAGCAUUCAUUUCUGUUUAUGCAUCUGUGACAGGCUUUAAUGAACUUGUCAUUAUCAAUAUGACUGGUAGAUGCAAUAAUAUAUGUAUGCACUGAAAAUACAGAGAGGUCUUGCAUAUUUAUGGUUAAGUGGAAACGUUAAAAAUGAUCAGCCGUUCUUAAUGAUGUUUCAGAGCUGAGUGCCAUUCCAAUGUGUGACAAGAUUCUUCUACAGUAUCAGAAAAUCUGAAUGUUAUUACAGAGAUAUCCUCAUGUUUUGUGGGGCGACGGUGAAAUCCACAAACGUUUUGAAACAUACUUUCUGCUCAUAGAUGAAAUACGUUGUUGUUUUGUUUUGAAAAGUUAUACGGUAUAUUGAAAUUUUUUGUAAUUACUUGUCGACAGGGCCCUCAGAUAUUUCCAAAAAAAAAGAAAAAAAAAAUCUUUACACAAGCUUUACUGUUUGAAUUGUUAAGGUGUAGAAACUUUGUCUAAUGUUGGGUUCUUGGUUUUUAUUACUAGGUAGAUUACCUUCCAUUGUUUAUAGAAAUACAGAAAAGAAAAAUGAAAAAAAAAAAAAUUACCUGUGACAUCUUUUUUGCAAUUGUACCGAAAGUGGCUUACUAUUGAAGUCUGAUAGCUUUUUCUAGUGACUAGGCGCGUACUGUGGGGUAGCGCGUGAUGUGAUGUGUAAGUGACAAGUUGGCAGUGUCGUUCACUGUAUAGAUGUCAAUGCUGUGCUAUUUAAAACAAAUACAAAAUCUGUAGAGCUAAACUAGGUGGUGUAAACAAGGUCAGUUGUCUUUGUGCGUAUUGGCAUCUGUGAUAUCCUCUGCUUCCUCUGUGUUCGUUACAAAUCAUAUUGUCAUGAAGAGUUUACCACAUUGAACCGCGUGAGACAGAAUUGGGGCGAAUCGGCAUUAGUCGACAUUAAUUCUAAAGGCUUUUACCAGAAAAAUGAAUAAUGGUUGCACCUGGUGCUGGAUGCCCUCUAAACACAUCCUCCGCAACCUGAAAGCAAAUGACUCCAUUAAUGGGCAGAUUUAAUUGUUGUAUUCACUUCAGCUGCUUAAUAGGUGUGAACUGGAAAGAUGAACGUCUCAAAUUUACCUUUCUACAGACUAAACAAAAUGUGAAGUUUGCCAUUUUAUAGUAGAUGUGUGUGUUUGUUUUUUUCCCCCCUUCAUAUAUAGAUGAGAAUCCUUGCAAUGGCUGAAGAUUAUAACAAAAAAAAAUAGAGAAAUUAAUAGACAACCACCACCACAUUGAGCAGCAUCUCUUUGUAAAUGUACCCACUGGUCUUCAGGUUGUUGAGGGUUUGUAUGCACUAAGCUCGGGCUUGUUUUGCUCAGGACAAAACAGGUCACUCUGAAAAAUGAACAAAAACCAAUCGAGACGAGAAGUGGAGAUGGCAGCUCUGUUCAUAUCUUUUCCCCUCCUCCGUUUCUUUCCUUUUUUCCUUUCUAAUAAGCAUGUCAUAAAAGGGCUUCAACCCCGUUCCGCGGAAAAGAGAGAGACACAGUACGAACACGUAGAAUUACAAUCAACAAGAAGCCGCCAGCAGCGCUCCUUCUGUGCCAAGUGUCGCAUCACUCUCCGGGUCCUUCUAAAAGGAAAUCUUAACACUGAAGCAGUUUUUACACCUCAAGGUGAAAGUAGUUGUGUAAUGACAUUAACAGAAUGCACUUCAUCCACAUCUCACUCCUGCUGGACAGAAUGUCUUACAGUGUCGGCGAGGUGUUAAUCUACUCUCAAAAAAAAAAAAGAAAGAAAAAAAAAUCACCUUCACAGAAACACCACGCCGGAGACGCGGGCGCCGGUUCUACUGUCCGUGUGCAAGUGUGCUAUCCUCAUUUUGUCAACACGCUUCGCUGUCCACAUUGACUGGUUAACUGUGGGAAAAAUAAUGUAUCUGACUUCUUGACAUAGCCCAGUAUUGAUGUUGGCGUCUUUAUUGCUGUGGCUGUCCCGUGGAGUGAAUCUUUUUUCGUGUCAAGUGUCUUUAAGGUGUUGGGGGAGUGGCGAAUGUCGACGGCGCUCUCUCUUACUCACACAUACAGGUGUAUAGUAUGUAGCUUACAGUAGGUAUUAAUCACCAUUGUGAAAAGUGACCCUUAAUAUGCAACUCAGUGGAAAGGUGUGUAAGAGUAAUCAAUAUUGUCAAAGUGACUAUGGUCUGUUAUUUAAUAAACCUAGCUGUUUUUUUUUUGUUUACGUGAAAUGUUUUGUUUUGCAUAUUUGGCCCUUGUUUAUCAUAGCGAACAUGUUAAAACUGUAAUUUUUUUUUACGUUUAAGGAAUCACAGGGAAAGUUGCACUUGACCUAUACUGUAUAAAAUGAGCCUGGGCGUGAAUUGGACUUUUGAUCUGACUGAAAUCCGUUGCUAUUAAUAUACAGUUUGUUAGGUUUUGUUGCACUGAGUGAAACUGAUGCUACAGUAGAUUCUGUCACAAGGGCCACUUGCAAUAUUUGUUUUCCUUUUUCAUAUGCUGUGUGUGUGUGUGUGGGUGUGUGGGUGCGCGCGUGUGUGUAUAUUUGCGUGACUGAGGUUCCUCUGCUGCUACACCAGUCAUUAAUGCUUGUUGUAAAAGUCCCUCACAGCGUUUCUGUUGUUAUUCAAUGUUGACUGUGUAUUUUUGGAAAUGAUCUCAACACUGUAAUUUUGUUCUGCAGAUAUAUGUUUUAAUUGGUUAUGGCUUCUUUAUUUUUUUUUCCUUUUAUUUAUUUCUGUGUUUUUUUUAACUGUCCAGGAGGAUAAAUAACAGCACUUGUAUGGCAGUUGACUUUAAUAGCUCUCAAGACAUUACCCCUCCACCUCUGUAUUAUUAUGCUUUGUGAACAGUUGACUGUGCAGGUUUUUCCCCCUUAACUCCCUGGAGUGGGUCUGUGUUUCAAAGGUAUAAAAAAAGGAACAAAAUAUGACUAAAGCGAGUAAUACAAAGUUAAUAAUCUGUUUUUGUUAUUUUUCUGUAUGGGUUGUAAUAAAAAAAUAUUGCAGUACUUUGUAUCAAAACAAACAAUAGUUAAUUGUAACUAUUUAUAAAUUAAAUUAUUGUACUUUUUUGCAAUCUGUAGAUAAGUACUAUGUAUUCAUAUAUACAGUAACAACUGUGGAUUUAAACGUGAUUCUCCAAGGUGUCUAAGUUAUUGAUGUAUAUAUUGUAUGUUUGUUGAUACAGCUUACUUUAUUUUCUAUAAGACCAAUAAAAUGUUUUGAAAAAGGA